AUGGAUGUCCAGUCUUUCCUCCGUCCCUAUGUAUCCUCGCAAGUUAAGACCAUAGAGAUGCAUACUACCGGAGAACCCACUAGGAUUGUGUACUCCGGCUUUCCUGAGCUUCGCGGCACCCUUCUCGAGCAACUUGCUCUCGCCCGCUCACACUACGACUACAUCCGACGCAGCCUCAUUCACGAGCCUCGAGGCCACCGCGAUAUGUAUGGCGCAAUCCUCCGCCCUCACACCGAGCUCGUCGACGCCGGACAAGCCCACAUGGGCGUGCUGUUCCUAACCCAUGAGGGCUACAGCACCAUGUGCGGACACGCAACCAUUGCCAUCAGCCGACUGCUGGUCGACUGUACGGACACAGCCCUCUUUCCGCGGCACGACGAGCUGCUAUUCGACGAAGAGAAAAAGGAGGUUGAAGUCCGGCUACACGUGCCGUGCGGACUGGUCCGCGCGACAGUUCCAGCUAUUAAGCCCAGCGACAGCGGUAACUGGUGCGUCGACACGACUCGUACGAUUCACUAUCUCUCUGUCCCCAGCUUCGCUGCGGGCAUCGGUCUUUCCGUGCCCAUUCCACCCUCUCUGCGCUGGCCAAAUCUCGGGGACCGCGAAAACGUAAUUGUCGACGUGGCGUAUGGUGGGACCUUCUAUAUCGUCCUCCCUGCGCCCGCGCUCGGCUUCUCGCCGUCUCUAGCCCAUCCAGACAUCGCCGCGCUGAGCGACGCGACGAAGAAGCUGAGAGCCGCUUUCAACGCUUCAGCCGAGUUGCGCUCGUACCUGCACCACCCUGACCAUGAGGACUUGCAGUUCCUGUACUCAGUAUUUGUGACCGAGCCGGGGAGAGGUGUUCCUGCGCCCGAGUCGGCGGGCGCCGAGACAGGACUAUGUUUCUUUGCAGAUCAGCAAGUUGACCGCAGUCCAACGGGUUCGGGUGUCCAGGCGAGGGUGGCGUUGGCUGUGGAGAAGGGGGAGAGGAAGCUGGGGCAGCGUUGGACGUAUCAUAGCAUCGUGUCGAACGCAUAUGGGGGGAAAGGAGGUUUCACUGGUACGCCGGUAGAAGAGAUAGAGAUAGGAGGUAGAAGGGGAGUGAGAGUUAGGGUGAGCGGAUGGGCGAACUAUACAGGGUUCAGUACAUUUAUAGUAGAAGAGGGCGAUGAAGUCGGUAGAGGCUUUUCCCUUAAGUAA